GGUUAAGCAACUGAGAAGGGAAGGAUCAGGGAAACAAGAGAUGGAGAUGAUGAGGGUGAAGAGUGAAGAAAACCUGGGAAGGCGCCGCAUGUGUGUGGCAGAUGCUGAAGCUCAAGGGACACGCUGUGUCAAGAGACGACGAAGAGAUCCAGCUAUAGUCACACUUGGUUGUGAUGAUCAAAGUCAGCAACAGCAGCUGCCAAACCAACAACCUGAUCAAGCAUCUGCUGCUACCACUGUGAAGAGAAGUUCAAGAUUUCGCGGUGUCAGCAGGCAUAGAUGGACAGGUCGGUUUGAAGCUCACUUGUGGGAUAAGUUUUCUUGGAAUGUAACACAGAAGAAGAAAGGGAAACAAGGAGCCUAUGAUGAAGAAGAAUCUGCAGCCAGAGCAUAUGAUUUAGCUGCACUCAAGUAUUGGGGGGCAUCAACUUUCACGAAUUUUCCGAUUAUGAGAAAGAGAUUGAGAUAA